AUGGCAGCCAAUGGCGCGCCGAGCACGGCCCGCCCUGCCACACCGCAGCCAGUGGGCCUGGCUAGGCCGGCGCGUUCCUUUCUGCACGUCGGCCUGGGGAGGGGCCGCCACCUGCCGGGCGGGGCCUGCUGGAUGCCUCUCCGGGCGGCGCCCCCCCCCGCGGCCGGGCAGUGGAGCCCCAGCACGUGCCUGCGGGUGUCCGUGUCUGAUGGUCCUCAGCAGAAGCACAUGCUCCUGCCAGGCUCCAAGCAGGAAAUGCUGGAACAAAGCUGUCCGCCGAGGGAAAACCCAACACUCUUCUUCCCUCGCUUUUUCUACCGAGGCCUGGUGGCGCAGAACUGGGAAACCUGGAGGUGGUGGUGGGGUUUAGGACUGCACCACCUUCUCGGGUGGGGGUGCAUCUUGGACCAGCGGAGUGCCGAGGAGUUAGACAGCCGGAAUUCUUCCAGAAUACUGGUCUUCCUGGGCAGAAGAUCUGCAUUACCCAGUGUUUUCGAGGUGGAAAAGUCGUUUCCCAGCCCCGGCCACAGGUUCCUCCUGGCCGUGGUUCCAGUGGUUUGUACCAACGGGAGGGGCGGAGGGCCCCGGAAGCGGGUCCGAGCACUUCCGGGUCGGAGAGCGUGAGGCGGA